AUGAGUUCCCAGGUCGUCCCACGGUGUCAUAUCGAGUCCCUUCCAGUGGAGUUACUGUCAUACAUAUUCACAUUAGCCACACACGACUGUGACUCUGAAGAAGGACGCGCGUUCAGUCCUGAAAGUGUAACUCUACCGACUGUACUGGCGUCCGUGAACUCCCGCUGGAGAAAGCUCGCAAUAUCUGUCCCGACCUUAUGGUCAACACUCAGUAUCGAUCUCAAGGCGCUCGUCCGAUCACAUCCCAAUCACGUAUUCACCUUCCAUCAACAACCCUUUGAUCAGUUGUCGAGUUUUAUCACGCGGUCGAAACAUUCCUCGCUGGACAUCCUCAUCGACGCUCGCGAUCCAAAAUCGCGUGAAUUGAUAGGGUGCAUGUCUCCGUCCUCCACUGAAACCAGCCAACUCUAUGCAGACUGUUUGCCCCACCUCUUCGCCUUUUUGUUCCUGCAGAUGGACCGAUGGCGUUCGCUGGAGGUCAUCAGCGAUACUUUAAAGCCGCUUUGUGCUGCACUUCGACUUCUCAGCUCGCACAACCCGACUCGAAGUGGUUCAGCAGCUUCGCGCCUUGAGUUCAUCAAGCUCAAGCGAUCCAACGACUUUUACCACGCCCAUGCAGAACAAUUCCUCCCUCCUAUGGAGCUCGAUAGUGUCCCGUUCGCCGUCUUGACUGGCGCGUCUGAUCAAGACACCAUUGCGCCAUGUCACUCCCUCCCGAAACUGCGACACGUGGAUAUCUUUGGUGUUCCGUUGAACUGGGCAGGUUUCCUUCGUACCCUUGGUGUGGGUCACUGCAUUCAGUCAUUGGAGCUUUCGUACCACGACAGAACUCUCAGGCCAACGUUUGAUCAGUUUUCAGCGAUAAUCAACGCGUGUCCUCUGCUGCGAAGACUUGUCAUUCGGGAAUCUGGGCCGGUUCUUUCGCAGCCAUAUCACCGUCGCGGUGUCGUGUCACUUCCGAUGCUUGAGGAGCUUCACUUGGGGUACGUGGGGUACGUCGAGACGGAUUCAUUGAUCGCGCUACUCAGUCGCCUUGACGCCCCAAACCUUGUCGCACUUUCCAUCGAGGACGUAAAUCCCGUCGUUCCACGAACUAUCAGCGAAACCGGCACAAACGUUGAAAAUCUCCUCAGCUACUGUGCAACUGGCUUCAGCGAGCACCCGGCAGCCGUCAGCAGAACUAGCAUGCUGUUUCCAAAGCUUCAGCGAUUGUCGCUCAAUAGGGUUCAUGCAAGCGUCACUGCAUUCAGCAUCUUCAUGUCUGCUUUCUCCGAGCUGCGUGAUCUAUCGCUACUUCGCACGCCAAACGCGCUGGCAGCUCUGUUGCUGGAUGCGGACGCAACUAUACCCCGCCAUUCCAUCACGUCCAUCCUGGUCUCCCCGGUCACACAACCGGAGUUCCUGAAGCUGAAGCAACUUAAGGACGUAGGCCUUGUGUUGACGGGAGACGUUGAAGAGUUAAGUCCUUCCAUAUCUUACCCAACUAUAUCAGCGAGUCACUACUAUGAUUGGGCUGCCUGGUGA